GACAACUGGUGGCGAGAGAGAGAGAGGGAGAGAGAGAGAGGGAGUUAAAGACUGACCUGAGGAAUUGUGCAUAGUCACAGUCAUUUAGCGCAUAGGGGAAGAUGAAAUCCACCUCAAGCAGCCAGUGAUGGAGACUGAUGGAGAUCUGAACAUGGUAUGAUCUGAUGGAGAUCUGAUGGAGAAACUAAACAAAGGACACUGCAACUCUGGAAAGUUCGACAUUUUUUUGCUUUAACUAAAGGUCUUGUCUGGUACACACACAGUGAUGAAUUCGCUGGAUAUCUGGGACAGCAUGCCUUUGGCCUUCACAGAAACUGAGGUGUUAUCAGACCGCACAGAUCUCUAUAUGAAUUCUAGUCUCUUAAACACCUCCACCAGCAACAUCACCAACCUCACCAGUGUGACCUACUACCCAUACUACCAGCACUCCCUGCCUGUGGCAGCCAGCCUGACCAUAGCCUACCUCUUCAUCUUCCUGCUCUGCAUGGUGGGAAACGGCCUGGUGUGCCUCAUUGUGUUGGAGAAUCGGCGCAUGAGAACAGUCACUAACCUGUUCAUCUUUAAUCUGGCUGUGAGCGACCUGCUGGUGGGGGUCUUCUGCAUCCCGACUACACUGGUGGAUAAUCUAAUCACAGGUUGGCCCUUCUCCAACAUGGUGUGUAAGUUGAGUGGCUUGGUGCAGGGAAUGUCCGUCGCAGCCUCCGUCUUCACACUAGUUGCCAUCGCUGUGGACAGGUUUCGCUGCAUUGUCUACCCUUUCCAGCCUAAACUGACCUUGCUGGUCGCCAAGGUGACCAUAGCGAUGAUUUGGGUCCUGGCAUUGGUGAUUAUGUGUCCAUCUGCAGCGACGCUGACUGUGGAACAUGUCAAGGAUCACUUCAUGGUGCACAACCUAGACUACAACCACACAUACCCGCUCUUGUCUUGCUUCGAGAACUGGGCUGAUCCUCACAUGAGGAAAGUCUACACCACGAUUCUGUUUGCCCACAUCUACCUGAUCCCUCUUACUAUAAUCACGCUCAUGUACGGGCGCAUCGGCAUCAAGCUCUACACCACAUCAGUCAUUUCUGUGAACGAACAGCCAGAAAGCGGUGGGGGUCAGAACGCCGCCAGGCCGUUGAUCUCGCAGAAAAAAAUCAAAGUGAUCAAAAUGUUGAUUGUGGUUGCCCUCCUUUUUACACUCUCUUGGUUACCCUUAUGGAUCCUCAUGCUCCUGACAGAUUAUGGAGGUCUGGAACAGGAUGAGCUCGAGCUCCUCUCCGGCUACGUGUUCCCAUUCGCACAUUGGCUAGCUUUCUCGAACUCCAGCGUCAACCCCAUCAUCUACGGCUAUUACAAUGAGAACUUCAAGCGAGGAUUCCAGGCUGUCUGCAGGACCCAUUCGUUAUGCUGCUGCUGUUUUAUCAUGCCCACAGGGAACAGAAGGGUUCACAGACCAGGCAGGGAAGACCAGAGAGAAACUCUGGGGAACUCAAACACUCUGCCAUUUGGAGCCAGAAACAGGGUUUACACAGAUGGGAACUUAAAUAACUGCAGAGCCAGCAUGGAUGAGGGGCAAAAGAGGGGUGGCUGCAGGCUCAGUAACUCUGCUAGCAUGGAUGAUGCCAGAUCUGAGAUGGCCAUCCCGACAAAAGGGAUUGCAACUCAAAAAGGACUGCAAAUGGAAGACCUGGAGAAAAUCAGUCCCAUUGGCAUGACCGUGAGUCAGGCCUGGGACCAGUAGAGACCAGUAUGCAGCAUUAAAAUUGUAGAUUAUAUUUCAACUAAAGCCUAAAACUGUGUACAGCCAUCACCAGGAUGCAAACAGGGUUGCAAACCACAAGGGCCUGGAGAUCAAGGACCACUAAGAUCAAUCCCAUUGGCAUAACUGGGAGUCACACAUGGAAAUUUUUUAUGAUUUCAGUAUUCAGCCUGUUACUUAUAUUUUGUAGACACAAGCUUAACUACAGAACCAAAACCAAACAGGCAAAUAUUGGAUUCUUAAUUAUAAACAUAUUAGUAAACACUCAAGACACAAAAACAUUUUAUAAAACCUGCAUUUUCAGUCUGAUCUUAAAGCACUGCUGAAAAAAGCCAUGAGAUAUCGAGAUAUUGAUAUUUACACUCAGCUGCAUGAAAUUACAAUCGACACAAAGAAACCAGACAAGCUUAAUUUGUGUCUUUGAUCAAGCAUCAGUGAUUCAUUGGCUUGAUUAAAGAAUUCACUCCUUUGUGCCUCCUAUGUAAAAAAGAAAUAUUGACUUUUGAAAAUUUGCAAUCACAUAUAAAGAAGCAAGCUAGAUUUAAGUUCUUUAGUUCUUAGACUUCAUUCCAACAGGAUUAUUAAAUAUUAUUUAACCAGUAAGCUAAAUGCUAUCAUAAUUUGUCCAAGUUAGGAAAAUAUUAUAAUAUUUAGGAACAGGUUUUAUGCCGGAUGCCCUUCCUGAAGCAACCCUCACGUUUUAUCCGGCUUAGGGCCUGCACUGAGGGUUAACUCUUUAGUGGCUGGGUUAUCUCCCUUUCUGGGAAUCGAACCUGAGCCAUGACAAUGAGAGCGCAGGAGCCUGCUGCUGGAGUAGAUUAUCAAGUUUGCCUCCAUAAUUUGAAUUGCCGCCAUUUUUGAUACAGUGCCUAUACAUUUACUUAAGUACAAUUUUCUUCACCUUUUCCACCCCAUUCAGACUGUAGGAUGUAUGCGACAGUGUGCUGUCUGACCCUCAUUCCUGGGAUGAGUAAACGUUAUCAGUGUGCACAAACAUUUCUACUUUUAAAAGGUCAUGAAGCAAAAAAGGUUCUGUAAAGACUGCCCCUUUACAAGAUCGAUGUAAUUAACAUGACCACGAAUCAGCUCAGAGACCAUCAGUAAACAUCAGCUGUAACCUGAGCAACUAGAAAACAAGGACGGCUUGGCAGAAAGCGGCAGCUGCGGGUUCAGCGGCUCCGUCGGCAGGGAUGAUGCCAAGUCCGAGGUGUCCAGAAAGACAAAAGGGGUUGUGUGAUAAACAGGACUGCAGAUGGAGAAACCUGGACAUGCUCAUUCACAUUGCUGUGACCACGAGUCAGGUUUGGAGCCAGUAAAGGACCCAAUUUCACAGUUCAGCAAGCAGACUGAACAAAUGCAGAGAUUUGUUUGCCAAAUGGCAGCAAUUCUGAGGUAAAUCAGCUGGUUAAUUCUGAAUUAUAUUCCAAAAAGAUGAAACGGAUGCUAAAAGAAAGGUAUAAUAUUGUAGACAUCAGCUAUACAUAGGAAUCACAUUUUAAAGUGAUUCAUUAACUUAAAGAGAUAGUCUUCAUAUAUGUUGAACUAUCUUGUCAGGAGCAUGAUGGUAUAAACAUAUCUUUUCAGAAUAACAGAAAAGCGAGAGCAUUGUUGAAGUUUGUGUGGUAUUUUCUAUUUUUCUACAUUUUAAAGAGCUUUGUGGUGCAUCACAAUAUGCUGACAUUUACUUGUAUGUAGAUUAUAGAGCUCGCGUCCAUCAUGUGAAAAAGCUAACAAUGGAAAUGGCAGCACAAGUGAUCAUUAGUUACAGCUGUUAUUUGGUGUAUGCCUUUGUAUCUGGUUUAUUCAGACAAAUACAAAAAAAAUACAAAAAAACAACAACAACAGUUUACUCAGGUAUAAAUCAUGAAAUUGAGCUAGAAUGUGAAGAAAUAUCCCUUAUAUGCUUAUACACACUGAAGCACAGACACCUACGGUCCCCUGCAAAAGUAUCGGAAGUAUCUGGGUCUUAAAGUAAAUAACGUUGUCUUGCUGCAUGAUGAAGUUCCUUCUGAUUCAUUUCUCUGUGAACGCUCAGACAAAACGUUUCUCUAGACGUCUGAAUUCGUUUGGCUCCCACCAUCAUGAGCUCUGUCAUCAGUAAAGACUAGUGAGAAUGUUCCAGAAGCAGCCAUGCAAGCAAAAGCCAUGACCCCACCACCACCAUGCUUCACAGAUCAGCUCAUAUGUUUUUGAUCCUUUGUAUUAGAUCCUUUCAUUCUUUCUUCACAUUUUAGCAGAGUUUCAUUUUGUGUUCUGGUUUUUAUAUUUCUGCUCUGAAAGUUUUCUUUGAACGCUGAAUUGAAAGAACUUCACCCUUACCCUUGCACUGUGGUUGUUGAGGUCACUGACUGCCAUCUUUGGGCUUCUCUUCAUGUUCAAAGCUCUCACAAGUUUUCUAUCAUCAGCUGUUAGCCAACUUGUUUGUUGUAUUGUUGUACAUCAGAGGCUAUAUAUAUAUAUACACUAUAUUGCCAAAAGUAUUCGCUCACCCAUCCAAAUAAUCAGAAUCAGGUGUUCCAAUCACUUCCAUGGCCACAGGUGUAUAAAAUCAAGCACCUAGGCAUGCAGACUGUUUUUACAAACAUUUGUGAAAGAAUGGGUCGCUCUCAGGAGCUCAGUGAAUUCCAGCGUGGAACUGUGAUAGGAUGCCACCUGUGCAACAAAUCCAGUCGUGAAAUUUCCUCGCUCCUAAAUAUUCCACAGUCAACUGUCAGCUGUAUUAUAAGAACGUGGAAGUGUUUGGGAACGACAGCAACUCAGCCACCAAGUGGUAGGCCACGUAAACUGACGGAGCGGGGUCAGCGGAUGCUGAGGCGCAUAGUGCGAAGAGGUCGCCAACUUUCUGCAGAGUCAAUCGCUACAGACCUCCAAACUUCAUGUGGCCUUCAGAUUAGCUCAAGAACAGUGCGCAGAGAGCUUCAUGGAAUGGGUUUCCAUGGCCGAGCAGCUGCAUCCAAGCCAUACAUCACCAAGUGCAAUGCAAAGCGUCGGAUGCAGUGGUGUAAAGCAUGCCGCCACUGGACUCUAGAGCAGUGGAGACGCGUUCUCUGGAGGGACGAAUCGCGCUUCUCCAUCUGGCAAUCUGAUGGACGAGUCUGGGUUUGGCGGUUGCCAGGAGAACGGUACUUGUCUGACUGCAUUGUGCCAAGUGUAAAGUUUGGUGGAGGGGGGAUUAUGGUGUGGGGUUGUUUUUCAGGAGCUGGGCUUGGCCCCUUAGUUCCAGUGAAAGGAACUCUGAAUGCUUCAGCAUACCAAGACAUUUUGGACAAUUCCAUGCUCCCAACUUUGUGGGAACAGUUUGGAGCUGGCCCCUUCCUCUUCCAACAUGACUGUGCACCAGUGAUGCAAGGUCCAUAAAGACAUGGAUGACAGAGUCUGGUGUGGAUGAACUUGACUGGCCUGCACAGAGUCCUGACCUCAACCCGAUAGAACACCUUUGGGAUGAAUUAGAGUGGAGACUGAGAGCCAGACCUUCUCGUCCAACAUCAGUGUGUGACCUCACAAAUGCGCUUCUGGAAGAAUGGUCAAAAAUUCCCAUAAACACACUCCUAAACCUUGUGGACAGCCUUCCCAGAAGAGUUGAAGCUGUUAUAGCUGCAAAGGGUGGACCGACGUCAUAUUGAACCCUAUGGAUUAGGAAUGGGAUGUCACUUAAGUUCAUAUGCGAG